AUGUCAACUGAUGCCGAGAUGGUAGAUGCUCCGUCCGAUGACGACGUCAGCAAGAAUGACAGCGAUAGCAGUGCCACCGUAGACGAUCACCCGCCUAAUGGCCAGAAAAUUAAGCGGAAGAACCAAGAUACGUCCGCCAAAAAGGAGGAGGAGGAGGAGAAGAAGAAGAAGAAGAAGAAGAAGAAGAAGAAGACGAGUAGCAGGUCUAGCAGAAAGAAGAUUGUUGAAGUAUCUGAAAACGAUACAGAAGAAGAUGAGCCUGCCACGCCAAAGAAGAAACAUAAGAGCAAGAAGCCAAGGGUGAGAAAAUCUAUUGAACAAUCCGAUGAUGAAAAGUACAACGAGCUAAGCCCACCAACGAAGAAGAAGAGAGCUAAAAAGUCCAUUUCAAAAGAUGAUACCCAAGAUUUAGAUGCCACGGAUGAUUCUGACGCCGAGGAAGAGGGAGUCGAUCUGUCAUCUCUAGAAGGUGGCAUUGGCGUGUUUAAUGAGAAUUAUCCAGAGGAGAACGCAAUAAUAAAAAGAUGGAUGGAAUUUAGAGGCUCGAUAUGGGUUUGUAUUCAAUGGACGAGAACCGGAAAAAAAGGAGUUAAACAUAAAGUCCGCAGAACGGUGCAUGAUCCAACGAUAACAAAGAACGAAUUAGUUGGUGUGAAGGAAAUAACAGCAGGCAGAAUUCCCUUUGAGCAACUUAAUAAGUGGAAGAUAGAGAUCAUUGGUGUAACCUGGUCCAUUCAGCACUCACCUUCCACCAAAGAUAUUAAAAUUCUGGAAACGAGACGAAGCGGUGAAUAUAGAAGAGACCAACAGGGAACUUUUGGACAUUACAUUGUGAAAUGCACGCAAGGUGAGAAGCUCAGAAUCAUAUACUACUCGAGAAGUGAAUUUGGACCGCGUUUCAGUGGAGGAAGACGACGGGCCAGGGACGGAUUCUGGCGGCUAGCUGUCAAAUUUGAGACUGCAUAUGAUCCUAAAUUUAAGCCUUCUGAAGAUCCUCGAGACCGGGAGAAGCCAGAGGCAACCCCCGAGCCUGAUGCCGGGUACUAUAUCAAAUCAGAGGAUACUGAUGAUGAUAGUGAUGCUACAAUUGAUGAUGAUGAAGAAAGUGAGAGCCAAAACGAGAGCCAGAGCGAGAGUGAUAGCGAAAGCGAAAGCGAAAGCAGCGAUACUGAUGGUAAAAGAAGGGCCAAAAAAGCUGAAAAAGUCAGAAAAACCAUGGAGGCCAAGAAGGGGGGAAAUAAAGAAGUUGAAAAAAAUAAAAAAAGCAAAGGCAAAGGUGCGAAGAAGAGCACAGAAAAUCAGAAGAAGAAGCGAAGCAAAACACAGCGAACCAGAGAGGAAACACCUUAG